AUGGAGUGGAGUUUGAAGCUGCUGUUCGUCUCUCUGACGAUGAUGAAGAUGAUCUCAGCUGCAUCACAACAGAACUUCUGCUCUAACUCGACCGUGUUGAGGACUCGGACAAAGUGUCACUCGUGCAGCAUCAGCCUGUUUAUGUCGUGUCCGUCAGGGUACAAACGGACCCCCGGGACCCUGGCAAAGGACUGCAAGUACUACAUCAGGACGUCGAGUAUGGAGCUGCCAAUGAGCGGCUGCUCCUUCGAGUGUCACAGAGAGGCGAAGCUGAUGAGCUGCUGUCCCGGCUUCUGGGGUGCAGAUUGCAUUGAAUGUCCUGACCGAGCUGACAGACCGUGCAGUGACAGAGGAACCUGCUCAGAUGGACUGGGAGGAAACGGGACGUGCAGCUGUCAGGAGGGCUUUGCUGGAACUGCGUGUGAGAUUUGUGCUCUUGGUCGUUAUGGUCCUGCCUGCAGCUCAGUGUGCUCCUGUGUGCAUGGUCUGUGUGACUCUGGUCUGACAGGCUCUGGUUCCUGUACCUGUUUCUCUGGAUAUAAAGGUCCAAACUGUGAUCAGGAGUCAACGGCGUGCAAGGCUCUCACCUGUCAGCAGAACGCUCGCUGUAUGGAACAAGCUCUGACGGGUCAGCUGGUCUGUCAGUGUCUGCCGGGGUACCAGAGGUCAGGAGAUCAGUGUCUGUCCAUUAACCCGUGUCUCCAGCCGCUCUGUCACAACCACGCCACCUGCGUCCACUCGGGUCCAAACCAGCACGUGUGCGCCUGCAACGAGGGCUACAGCGGGGACGGGCAAGUCUGCAUGGCCGUCGACCCGUGUCAGAGUAACCAGGGAGGGUGCUCGACUGGGACCGCACGAUGUGUUUACGACGGACCGGGGAAGUCUCACUGUGAGUGUCUACCUGGAUUUGAACACCUUCCUGAGGGCGGCUGCGGCCUCAAGGACUUGUGUAGACCCGGUUCCUGUGAUGAACACGCUAACUGCACCACCGUAGAACCUGGACGAGUCGACUGCACCUGUCUCCAGGGUUACAUCGGUAACGGCAAAGUGUGUUAUGGGAACAUCAUCCAGCGUCUGAACAAUCUGAACACGGAGCCAGGAGGAGAGUGGAGGGGUCAGCUGAGCGACGCCAUCCAGCUGUUUGGCGUUUUGUCGUGGCCUCUGCAGAGUUUGGGUCCGUUCACUCUGUUUGUCCCCAUAAAUAAAGGAUUUAGAGGAACAUCAGUGAGGACUCUGACUGCUGACGUUUCAAAAGCUAAAUACCUGUGUAAGAUGCACCUGGUUGCCGGGGUGAUGCCGUUCAGUACUCUGAAGAAAACAAACGUUUUUUACACUCUGACGGGAAAAUCAGCCGAGAUUGACACCUCAGAGGGGGACUCUCAGACUAAAAUCCGUCUCCAUGGCAGCAGGAAGAAAGGUGUAAUACUGCGCUCUGACUUGGUCGCGUCCAACGGGAUAAUUCACAUAAUCAACAAACUAAUGGACAGUGUGUCCCCAACUGUGGACAGCAACACAAAGGAGAAUCUGUUGACGGUCAUCUCUGACUACGGAAAAUUCUACAAGUUCAAGUCUUUAUUGGAGAUGGUAGAUCUGACCUCAGUCCUGGACACUCCCGGUCCAAUCACGGUCUUUGCUCCCAGUAGCUCCGCCUUUGACAGGAUGACUGAAGGUCACCUGGAGUACCUGAGCAGCGCUGAGGGUCACCACAAACUGCUCGAGUUUCUCCGGAACCACCUGGUCCAGUCCACCGCGCUGGAGGUCUUUAACGCCGUGUCCAGCCCCAGGAUCGUGACAAUGGCCAAUCAUGUUCUGAGCAUCAACGUGACGGAAAACGGUCAGAUUUUUGUGGACGACGCCCCCGUGCUGGAGGCCGCGGUUGAGGCUAAAAACGGACGUCUGUACGUCAUAGAUGGCGUUUUGACUCCGUCUACCAUCCAACCUGUGCUGCCCCACAGGUGUGACAUCAACAAGACCAAACUCUUCAGGGGUGAGUGCAACAACUGCCUGAAAGCCAUACUGUCUCAGUGCUCGUCUGGAGUUAAUACGACUCCAGCAUGUUGUAAAGGUUUCUAUGGACCAGACUGUAGUCCCUGUCCAGGUGGACAUCAAACCCCAUGCUCUGGACACGGUCAGUGCUCCGAGGGGAUGGAAGGAAGCGGCUUGUGUGUCUGUGAGCAAAACUUCAGAGGCUCUCGCUGUCAGUACUGCACCGCCCCCAACAAGUACGGACCAAACUGUGACAGGACCUGCCCCUGUGUCCACGGGCAGUGUGAUAAUCAUCCAGACUCAGGCGGCCAGUGUAAACUGGACUCCUGUCAGAUGGGUUACACCGGUGCGCUGUGCGAUCGCAGGACAGCGGCGUGUGGCGUUCAGGCUCAGUUCUGUCACGCACACGCAGACUGUGACUUCAGCCAGGGAACCCCCAGAUGUGUUUGUCAACCUGGUUACCAAGGAGACGGGAUCACCUGUGUGGAGUCUGACCCCUGUGCUCCGCCCCUCAGAGGCGGCUGCAGCUUGAAUGCCAAAUGUGUAACGACAGGACCGGGGACUCACUCCUGUCAGUGUCUGAUCGGGUGGACGGAGGACGGAGACGAGUGUCAGCCAAUCAACAACUGCAACCGUCCCGAUAAAGGAGGCUGCCACUCCAAUGCCACCUGCAUCUACGUGGGACCUGGACGGAGCGACUGUUCGUGUAAGGCGGGGUACAAAGGCAGCGGCUGGAACUGCGAGGCCGUGAAUCAGUGUGUGACAGCCAACGGAGGCUGUCAUUACCUGGCCAGCUGUCUCCUGCAGUCCUCUCAGUGGACGUGUGUGUGCGAUGAAGGUUAUGUUGGAAACGGACAGACGUGUUACGGCACCAUCGGACAGGAGCUCAUGGUUCUGCCGGACGUCUCAGAGUUCUUCACAUGGACCACUGAGUCCGGUCUGUCCGGGUCUCUGUCCGAUCAGAACCUCACCCUGCUGGUCCCGUCGUCGGACGCGGUCGCUAAAAUGUCCCCAGAGGAGAAAAAGUUCUGGACCACCAAAGGAAACCUGCCCAGUCUCAUCAGAAAUCAUAUGAUCUCAGGUGUGUAUCCAUUAAACACCCUGAGCGGCCUUGCCUCUCUCACCUCCCUCCUCAAGACCACACUUCCUGUUUCAUCAACCAAUGAGGUCGUGUCUGUCGGAGGAGCGACCAUCACCGCCUCCAACAUCGCUGCUACCAACGGACUCAUCCACAUCGUUGAUAAGGUUUUGGUUCCUGACAGGAAGCUGAGUGAAGGACUGCUGGCGACUCUCGCUCUGAGGACAGACUUCUCUCUGUUCAGAUCCUACCUCAUCGAUUAUAACCUGACAGACGAGAUCGAGCAGGCAGACGAGUACACUGUGUUCGCUCCGACAGACGCCGCCAUCGCCGAGUAUCUGAAGAAGGCGUCCGUCACCGCCAUGGAUGUAAAUACAACUCGCUACCAUGUGGUGGCGACGGAGCGCCUGUUAAAGACCGACCUGCAGUCUGGAGGGUACAAAGAGACGCUGCUCGGGUUCUCCUUCCAGCUCGGCUUCUUCCCCCGAGACGGAAAGCUGUUUGUGAACGACGCUCCGAUGAACUCGUCGAACCUGCUGAGCGGUCGAGGAGUGAUCCACGGUCUGUCAGCCGUCCUGGAGAUCAACAGGAACCGCUGUGACAAGGUCAAAUACUUGAAACUCCAGGGACCAUGUGUGGACUGUUUCUAUCAAAUGAGUGAAAUCUGCCCAAACCAGACGAUUCAGGACAAAUCUGUGAAGAUGAGGAAGUGCCUGAUGAGACGGGUGAUUCAAGGAGAGAAUCUGUUGAACACGGGCUGCAGAGCGAUGUGUCUGAUGGCCAACAUGGAGCGGAGUUGUUGCGGGGGGUUUUUCGGGGAGCACUGCGAGCCGUGUCCCGGGCCGAAGGGUCAGUCGUGCUCCGGUAACGGACGCUGUGAGGACGGCACGGCGGGGACCGGAGUGUGCCGCUGUUCCAAAGGAUUCAAUGGGACGGCGUGUGAGAGCUGCGAGGGCGGGAAAUACUCCAUCCACUGUGACCAAGACUGUCGUUGUAAACAUGGCCGCUGUAACGAGGGGCUGAAGGGUGACGGGUCGUGUGUCUGUGAUGUUGGUUGGAGAGGCGUCCUCUGUGAUGAGAAAGUUGUCUCUGAUGAGAUGUGUGGGUCAGAUGUGAAGUGUCACUCCAGUGCAAACUGUCUAACGGGACCGUCCGGAACGUUGUGUUCAUGUGCCGCCGGAUUUGAAGGAAAUGGAACUUUCUGCCAAGCCAUAGACCGGUGUGCAGUGGGUAACGGGGGCUGCAGUCUCUUCGCGGUGUGUAAGAGGACCUUGCCCGGCCUCAGAGAGUGUGUGUGUAACAGUGGUUACCGAGGCGACGGGUUGGUGUGUGUCG